GCCAUAGCCAUAGCCACAGCUUUGCAAUCUUGGAGCAAAAACCAGAGUGUGUGCCAGAUCAAACAAGUUCAGAAGUACAAAUGGAGGACUGGUCAAAAGAAAUCUAUAAACUGGAACAGCAAACAGAAGAUAUUUGUCCAAAAUUCCAGCUUGAUUCAAGUUCUUCAAGAAGCCUACAACCACAGAAUGAGUUGGCCAUCCAAGGCAAUGUUGAAGCAAUGACGCUGUUAGAUUUGCCAACAACCAGCUCAUUAAGCAUACAGAGCUCUAGCACCCAAAAUAUGUCUGUAGAUCAUGUUAUUGUCCCUUGUACUGGUAAAGAAUCAAGUAUUACAGGAAAACAAGGUAAAAUGCUCUCUGACCUUAUGGCUCCUUGGAAGGAAACUGCAGACCUAGAUCUGAAUGUUGCAUUGCUUUUAAAAGAACUGGAUGCUGUAAGGACAAAAAAUAAAAAGCUUCAGGAUAAGCUGUCUGAAAAAGACAAAGAGCUGAAGACAAUAAAGCUGGACUUAGAACUGCACGAGAGAGCUACAGAAGCUAAGAUUGCAGAAAAGACUGCAGCCCUCGUGGAAGAAGUAUAUACAGCUCAACGAGAACGUGAUGAAGCUGUCAUGGCUAGACUUAGGUUAGCCAACGAAGAGCGAGAUGAAGCACUUCUUCGAGCCAAACAUUUGGAGCAAUCCAUUAAAGGGCUAGAAAAUAUUAACCCUGAAGAAAAUGACAUGACAUUACAGGAAUUACUGAACAGAAUAAACAAUGCAGACACAGGGAUAGCUAUACAGAAGAAUGGAGCUAUAAUUGUGGAUCGGAUACACAGGACCAAGGAGCGUAGAAAGAAAAUAACAGCUGAGGAAAUGAAUGCAGUGAUAGAAGAACGGGAUGCUGCUUUGUCUCAAUGCAAACGGCUGGAGCAGGAGCUUCAUCAUCUGAAAGAGCAGAACCAGACUUCAGCAAACAACACGAGACAUCUGACUGCUGAAAACAAUCAAGAACGUGCUCUGAAGGCAAAGUUGCUAGCUGUGCAGCAAGAGAGAGAGUCUGCUGUUCAACAGAAUAAAAAACUAGAAGAAGAAAUUCAGACGUUACGUGUUUAUUACAGUUUACACAAUUCUCUAUCCCAAGAAGCGAGUCUUAAGGAUCAGUUUAACUGUACUCUUAGUACAUAUGAAGAUGCACUGAAAAGCAGAGAGGAUAUUGUAGCCAUCACAUAUCACCAAAAUGAGCAGCUAGCUACCCAGCUGCAGCAAGCCAUGACAGAGCGAACAAACAUGGAAUUAAAGCUUCAGCAAGCUUUAGAAGCUUCACAAGAGGCCAAUGAAAAAGUUCAAACGUUGGAAAGACUGGUGGACGUCCUGAGGAAGAAGGUUGGAGCAGGGACCAUUAGGACUGUGAUAUGAUUGAAAGCUCCAGCCUAUGGAAGUAUUCACAUCUGGUGACCAGGCUGCUUCAUUCAGCACUGUGUAAACACUAAAGCCUUAACUUAGCAAACAGUUGUUAGAAGUGGGACACUCCAAUGACAUUCCAGGCUGAGAUAAAAUCAAAUCAUAAAUGUUUAACCACUUUGCUGCUGAGUUGUGUUAUUUGUCAAACUGUAUCACUGCUAACAUGUAUUUGCUUUAAGCAGCUGUAUUGUGGUAAGAUCAGUGAGUAUUGUGGAAAUCAUUUGUGUGCUGUUUUAACAAUAGUCUCUUCUCUCAGUUAAACAUCACCGGACUGUUAUGUUCUGCAUGGUUUAAACCGGUCAUGUUCUUACAUAUGACUUGCUUCAGAGGCCAGUCCUGCAAAGCACAGUCUCAGAAUGUAAAUCUACUGUGCUAUUUAUAAAUCUGCAAAUAAUUGACUAUUUUAAUGUUGAAUAUAUUUCUUAAUUGAUAAUAGAGAUUCAGAGUUAAUGUUCAGUCUAUGUUAAUAUGAUGGCAAUGUUUUCAUUCUGUUGCACACUCAUAAUCCCCUUGUUCCCUGUAUAGUAGUUGUUAAUCAGAGUUAUGUAUCAUGGGGAAGGUACACACAUGGCUUUAAAAAGAAUCUCUAUAGUUAACAUAAAAUGCUAUGACAGAACAGUUUCAGUUCCUUAUAAACGUGUUAGAUUUCACUAAAAGAAUAGAUUCAUGAAUUUGUAAAAAUGUAGUUCUAAUUGUUGUGUAGUAAUAGAAAUGUAGCCGUGUUAGUCUGGUGUAGCUGAAGCAAAAUACAGGACUAUGUAGCACUUUAAAGACU